AUGUUCAAAAAGUGUCUGCUAGUUGUUAUACUUGUGUGGUGUGAUCAUCUUACAGCGCAGGAUGCUAACAAUGCACUACUCUUAACGCCAGAUGAAUGUUUAUAUGCAAUCGAAAUGGUUCUUAGCAAGCUGAACACGUUGGAAUAUCGUAUCGUAGAAGGGGACCUUCAAAUUGAACGUAAGCUGAAUGAUAUAAGCUCCCUCAUCGAAAGCAUAAAGCAGCCCCAGUGCAACUGUACAGAGGAGAUGGUGUACAGGUCCUGCCGAAAUACGCCAUUUUCCGGUGUGUACAAAAUUCAACCGGAAAAGCCUUUCAAGGAACCGAUAACUGUGUUGUGCGAUCAAGAGUACGCUUCAGGAGGAUGGAUUGUGAUACAACAUCGGUUUGACGGAUCGACUAAUUUCUACCGCGGUUGGCAGGAGUAUAAGAAUGGCUUUGGCAACCUGGAUGGAGAGUUUUGGUUGGGACUGGAUCAUAUUUAUCACCUGACAAUGUCCCGACCGUAUGAGUUGGUAGUGUUGCUGGAUGAUUUCGACGGCAACAAAACGUUUGCUUGGUAUAAUCAGUUUCAAAUUGGAGACGAGAGCUUGAAAUAUAACCUUACAAAAAUAGAUGGAUACUCGGGGUCGGCAGGGGAUUGUCUAGGAGAUGCAAAAGGAAUGAAAUUUACGACCUUAGAUUCGGAUAAUGAUUUGUGGGGUGGUAACUGUGCAGUAGGUUACUCCGGUGCAUGGUGGUACAAGGAUUGCCACUCAAGCAAUCUGAACGGCAAAUACCUGCGAGGAGAAACGAAAGAAUUCGCCACUGGAAUGGUUUGGAAAGAUUUCCGAGGAUAUCAUUAUUCACUGAGGUCAGCUAAAAUGAUGAUAAGACCCACAGCUUCAUGA